GUCAACCCAGUCAACCCAAAACCUUUCAUGCAGGAGCUGACGGGCAAGCCAGUGUUCGUCAAGCUGAAGUGGGGAUUAGAGUACAAGGGCUUCUUGGUCAGCACAGAUGGCUACAUGAAUCUUCAGCUUGCGAACACUGAGGAGUUCCAAAACGGGGAGUCGACGGGUACACUGGGCGAGGUAUUCAUUCGGUGUAAUAACGUGUUAUACAUUAUAAGUUUCCUAUUUACUAUCUUGCACGAGUGUAGCAACUAA